UUUUGCUUGUUUCUUUUCCUUUUCCCCACUUCUCCAUUGGAGAACCCCCACCCUGCGUCAUCUCGUUUCGAAAGCUUUGAAAUCUCAAUAUUUUCCAUUGAAAAAACAUUUACAGUCUCUGUGUGUGUGUGUGUGAAUUAAAAGAAGCACCAAAAUGAAUAGUGUGAUUACAGAAGUUGUAGCGCUACUUAACCGCCGUUGCUCUGCUGGAAAACGCAAACCCAAGUUUUUCAAGAGAAGAGUUAAGUUAAAAACAAAACGGAGAAGUAAAAAUGCAGUAGGUGUUAAAGCAGAACAAGGAUUAAGUCCACUGGUAAAGAAGUAUUGGGUCCAAAGAUAUGAUCUUUUCUCUAGAUAUGACGAAGGAAUUAAGAUGGAUGAAGAGGGCUGGUUUUCAGUUACGCCGGAGCAGAUUGCCGUCAGGCAUGCCGCUCGCUGUGGCGGCGGUGUCGUCAUUGAUGCUUUCACUGGUGUUGGUGGAAAUGCUAUCCAAUUUGCAACUAUGUGUCAUCAUGUCAUUGCAAUUGAUAUUGAUCCCAGAAAAGUCGCAUUGGCUUUUGAAAAUGCAAAGGUAUACGGUGUUGAAGAGCAUAUUGAUUUCAUUGUGGGAGACUUUUUCCAACUGGCCCCAUCCUUGAAGGGGAACGUAGUAUUUCUUUCACCUCCAUGGGGUGGUCCAGCAUAUAUAGCAAAUGAAACUUUUACCCUCGACUUACUGAAGCCAAAAAAUGGUUAUUCAUUGUUCCAAGUUGCUCAAAGCAUAACACCAAAUAUCAUUAUGUAUUUGCCUCGUAAUGUGGACUUACAGCAAGUUGAAGAGCUUUCUUGGUUGUCUUCUCCGCCUAUGAAAGUCGAGAUUGAAGAGAAUAUGCUUCAUGGAAGGUUGAAGAGCAUAACUGCUUAUUUUGGUGACAUCGCGUUCUCAGACCUUAGCACAUAUGAACUCUAACCGGAAUCCAACAAUAAUUUUAUGCAUCUCUAUAUCCAAAAGUCUGUUCAACCAAGACUUUGUACAUCUGAAAAUGUAUGGUCUCUGGUUGACUCCUGCUGCUUAAGAACUUCAUUUUAUGUGAGUUACAAAUUACGAUGGAUUAGCGCCAUAUAUAGCCAAGUGCAUACUGCUGAGCUGAUUAAUGAGGAUGAAAUUCGGCAUUGUAUUGCUGAUUAAUGAGGACAAAACUGUAGAUUUUGCUUUUUAGUACUUUAGAACAAAAAAAAAAAAAAUAGGGAAAAGAGGAAGAUUUGUAUAUUUGGCAAAUGAGUUGAUCCUUCUAUGUACAAACAUAUGUAAUCUUGUAUAUAUUUUUGGUAGGUCAGUUUGAGAGUGACAUUUUCACUAA